UAACAAUACUUCCGCGCAUGCGUACACUUGGCACAAGCAGAAUGCAAGAUGGUGGCGAGAUCGAACUUAGCAUGUUUUGCUCUGUUCUUUCUUUCCACCGUUCUUAUAACGCAUUCUAUAUCCGAAGCAAGGCUGUGUAGAGAUCAGUUAUGUAAUGAACCGAUCUCAUUGGCCAAGGCUUUGAAGAAUUUCGAUGCGAAUAAAAAGGGUCUGCUCUCUUUAAAAGAGGGUGAUACUCUUUAUGUAUAUUCAAAAGAGCCAGGGAAAGAUCCCGAGCUCUGGUAUGGGGAGAUUGAUAGCCCUGAUGGUGAAGGUGGAUUCUUCCCAAAAGAGCUGGUAUCAGAGUACAUAGUUUACGAGGCAUCUCCAAAAUAUGUUGUUACAGAUGAUGCGACAACAGUGUCUCAAGAUUCAUCUAGCCCAAGUAAAGAGCCAGCAGAAAAGUUAACAGAUCCACCAGACAAAGCUGGUGAAAGCUCGGAAGAAGAGCGAACUGAAUCCCAAGAGAGCAAUGUAAAAAGCUCAGAUAGUAAAAAAGAUACAAAUAUAGCGUCAUCAAAAGGUGAGGCCCCUGAGGAUAAAUCAGGCACCAUGUCUGGUAUAAUGGACUCCUUGUCCAACCUAUUUAAAGUGCCUGUCGGGGAAGAGGAUGAUGGUGAUGACAAUGGUGCCGAGGAGGAUGUUACAAAUGAAAAGCAGAUCAACCAAGAGAAUGUAGAUAAAUCUAGCAUUAGCGAGGAUAAGAAAGAGGAGGGAGGGGAAAAGGAAAGUGUUACCAACUUGGAGAAGAAUCUGCAAAGCAGUUCUGCAAGUGGGGCUGAUCAAAAUGAUCAAAAUCGAGAGGUAGAAGGUGUUGUUACUGGUUCAAUUAGGGAAAAUAUAGUUAGAAAUAGUCUUAAUACAAAUUCAAUUGAGACAGAAACUCAUAAAAACAGUUUAGAAACAAAAUCUAAUGAUGAAGAAAAUUCAAAUUUCAACGAAAAUUCCCAAGAACACAAUAUUGAUAGCGAUGUUGAAGAAUCCAGCAAAAAUAAAGAGGCAAAUCAAUCUACUUUAGGAAAUCACAUCGAGAAACAAGAAGCUUCUAGGGAUUCUUUAGAAAUUAAGGAACAAGAUGUGCAUGAUAAUUCAAACCGCUCUGAUAAUAACAAAGAUAAAACCCAUAUGAAUGAAGAGUCAGAGCAAGAUGGGAACAAGGCAUCACCAGAUAGCUCAGGUAAGGUUGAAGAUCAAUCAAGUAUUAUACAACCUUCAGAGCAAGCUGUAGAACCUAAAGAACAGGUUUCCCAAGAUACUCCCGUUCAUGAUAAACCUGAUUCAGUUGAUAGAAACACUUUUGCGAAUGCUGACAAACCUUCAAAUCAACCAUCACAAGUACAAGAGGAAGUGCCAACAAGUCGUGACCAGUCAGGUUCACCAGAUAAUGAUCAUCCCACAGAUGUAGACAAACCUGCUGGUGAUCCAGAGGAUGAGAGACCAAAAAAUCAGUCACCUGAAAAGGGUAUGGAAGAGCCUGUAAAAUCUGACCAAGAGGGAUCUUAUCAAGACAAACAGGAUUCACCUGAUGUUAACAGAGAAACAGAAGAGGUGGAGAAAAAAGAUCAAUCAUCUGAAAAAUCAGAUGAAAAUCCUGUCAAACCUGAUCAAUCAGUUCCACCUGAUGAUGGCGCAGGUAAGAGGGAGGAGCCAAAAUAUGGACAGUCUGAGAAGCAAGUUAUAGAUCCUGCUGAACCUGACCAACUAGUUUCAGGAGAAAACUCUGAUCAAGCCAGACUGGGUCAAGGUGAUGGUUACAUGCCUGAGAAUGAAGAGAAAUUAGUAGAUGAAACAGGCUCUUCAACCACUAUUGGAGAGCCUGUGAAGAUAGAUCUACCAAAAUCUAGUGAAAGUCAGAUACCAGAGGUCUUGAAAGAAGCAGAACCUGUUAAACCGGUUGAGGCUGUAUUACAAGAAAACCCUUCAAAGGAUGUACUGGUUUCCCAGGUAAGUGAACCAGAUGAAAGCAAAGAUGAGAAUAGAAAAGAUGAGGAUACCGAAAAUGAAAGUCCUUCAGCCAAUGUUAUUGAAGACAAGACACAUGAUGGUAAAACUCCUGUGGUACCUACUGGUUCUGAUGAUAAACAAGUUGAUUCUUCUCAAAUUGGUAAUGAAGAGCCAAGCAGACAUUCCUCUCCUAAGAGUGAUGACAAACACAAGUUAGAUGACGCUCCUUCUGUUGUAGAAAGCAGCUCUGAUGAUAAACAAAGCGAUUCAUCUGAAAACAGUAACCAGGAACCAACCAAGUCUUUAGAUGCAAAAGACAAACCAAAUGAAUCAGAAACUCCUUCUGUAGUAGAAGCUAGUGCUCAUGGUAAACAAGAAAGCUCAGCUGAAAAUAAUGACUUGAGCAAAGCUCCCUCUUCAGAUAGUGAUGUCAAAGACAAGUUGGAUAUUGUGAUUUCUUCACAAGUAGAAAACCCUAUUAUUGCAGAUAAGAAUAGUGGUUUGUCUGAUGAAAGUAGUCUGGAAUCAAAAAAGCCUUCCUCUUCAGAGAAUGUUGCAGAAACUUUUCCUGCUGGAGAAUCAAGUCUUCCAUCUACAAAUACCACUCAGGAGAAAGGUGCAGAGUCUGUAGGUGAUGAAGAUGUGACCUCGGCAGGGGAGCAGCCUGGCCACACCCAUCAAGAAGAUGGUGUUGGAAAAGUAGCAGACCUAGAGGAUGCUCUAUGGGACAAUGAAGAUGUUGAGAAGUCCUUCACAAGUGGCAGUAAUGAAAAAACUUUGCCAAAGUUUGAGUCAGGAAAGUACAUAAGGACAAGCCCUUCGGGCAAUAUUGAGGAGGAGGAGGAUAAUGUCUUAAUGGAGGAAUUUGGUAAUGAACUUAAAAAAGAUAAAACCAAAUCUUCUCAAACAUUUGUUCCAUUGGUUCGGACUCCUAGUGAAGAUCAAGAAAGAGCAACUAAUGCUGAUAGCCAGCAACAAUGGAAGCAAGUGACAACCUCUAGUGAUGUCAAUAAUGCUCUUGAUGAGCUGGACGAGGUACAGUUUUCAGAGGAAGACGCACGUGGCAUACGUGGCCUUAGUAAGGAUGCCACCUUUAAGAUCAAAAUUGAGGAAAAAAGGAAGCUGUACCAGAUCUCCAAAGCUGCAGUUGAUGGGGACACUGGCAGUAAAAUGGCCGACAGGUUCCUAGAACAACUAGAAAGGGACCCCAGUGCAAAUAGUGAUGGCAGAGGCACUGAUGAGCCAUCAGGUCAUCUUGAUAAGAACUCUAAUAGUGAAGUGAGUGAUGAGACUUUAGAAAAAACACUCAAAGCUAAUGUUCAGGACAACAUAAAAGUUACAAAGGGGUCUUUUUCAGAUUCCUCUGAUAAGAGCUCUGGCAGUGAUAAUACUGAUAAAAUGUCUUCUGACAAAUCAGUAAAACAAGACAGCAGCAUCUAUGCAAAUGCAGAUAUGUCCUCCAAGGUUCCUGACAAGGGAUCAGACAGGAAUGAGACUGCUAAGGUCCAGUCAGAUAAAGCUACUAGUGAAAAUAAUUCUGGUAGCAGUCUGAAUACAUUUCCUUUAGAUUCUAAUGAAGAAGAUGGUGAAGAGGAUUAUGAUGAUGAUGACGAGGAUGAUGAUGAAGAAGAAGUCGAGCCUAUCAUCCUUCCAGAUAAGUUCUCAUCACCCAAGACUUCAUACUCAGAUGCUACCAAGAAAGCAUUGCAGGGCACUACUGCUAAAGAAGAGCAGGACAGUCUGAUUAAGGAAAAAAAGUCCACUGAUUCAUUAACUAGAGGGAAUAAAGAUCUGGACGAGUCUAUGGAAAUUGUGAAUGAAAAAUUAUGGACAACACCUUCAGGGCAACAAGUACCUUCAGAGGAUGGGCAAAAACCUCCAGUUGAUAAGCCUGGAGUUCUACACGGCAAGGAGGUGCCACUACCAUCAAGUUAUCAGAACAAACAAGGGCUAAUAUCUGGACAGUCGUCUGGAUUGCCUGGAAAUUCAAAGCUCUCAGCUACAGGAACUAAUCAACAAAAUUCCAGUCAAGCAACCACAAAAAAGACAGUGGAAAUUGUGGACAAGAAACCAUCUGAUUUUGAUAUUGUGAUUGAUCCAUCAAAGACUAAAGAUUCAAGUCAAAUAUUGUCUACAACCAAAAAUGAUAACUUACAAAGUACAGUAAGAAAACAGCAGGUCAAGGUAUUUAAAGAACCAGAAAGAUCAAACCAGGCUAAGGAUCUAACUGGAUUAGAAAAAAAACAAGAAUUAAAACCAGCUGUAGAUAAAGCAGAACAAAAAGCUACAAGUAAGCUACAAGAAGAAGAAAUAACAAAUGCUAUGGGUAAAAUAGAGAAAGAAGAAGCAAAGAGGAAGGCAGCAGUGGAGGAGUCCCAGAAAGCAAUUGAAGCAGCUCGUAAGAAACAGGAGGAGAUAAGGCAGAAGCAGGCUGCUUGGAGGCAGCAGGAAGAAGAAGAACAACGUGUCAAGGAGAGACUCCAAAUUCUCAGGGAAGAACGUGAACGAAUUGAGGCUCUCAAUAAAGAAGCUGAUCUUCUGAUCCAAAGAAGGAAAGAAGCCGAACGCAAGGCGGAAGAAAAGAGAAAGCAGAUAGAAAGACAGAAACGUAUAGAUGAAGAAGUAGAGCGCAGACUGCAGAAGAUUGCAGAGGAGAAGAAUCGAGAAGAGCAAUUGAAGAAAGAGAAAAUGGAUGAAGAAAAAGCUGUUGAACUUGCUCUUAAGGCUAAGCUUGAAGCAAUGGCUGCCCAAGACAUCCAGAGCUCUGCAGUUAAAUUUAGAAAGCUUGAGACAUCAUCAGGGCAAGAAAGAGGCAGUGUUGAUGUUCAUCCCUCCAAGCAGUCUGUUAAGAUUCGGGAUGCCGCAAGUAACCAGGACAAGGAUGUUAAGAUGAACCAUGUCAAGAAUGGAAAACAAAUCUCUCAGAAUCACCAAGUGAAGAGAAAGAUACCCCACAUGAAAGCUGCUGUGAAAGAAAGACCAUCAGUGAUGCCUAAGAAAGGGUUGAAGGCUAGAAAGAGGCCCAAUGGAGGCAUGGAGUAUCACCUGAAUCAGGAGCUGUGCCUCUCGCUGGAGACUAAACAUCGCAAGAGCUGUGGAGAGGGCCUUACAGAGCAAGAGUGCCAUGACGAAGGAUGUUGUUACAGUGAUGACAAUCCUAAUGCUGUCAAGUGCUUCUUUGCUCCAAGCCCCCCAGAUGAUCAUCACAAACAUGAUCAGCACCGACCUCGGCGACGAAAGACUCACAUGACCACUCCUACUAAGACACCCGUGAGCAGCCCAACCCCAGUUCCCACCAAACCCCAGCAAGAGCCCGAGAAAAGGGACCUACCUCUACCAACUGGUGGACUUCCUCCUACUGUCAGACCAGACGAGAGAAAGCUGACUCAAAACCCUGCACCAUCGGCACCAGAAGGUAAGCCGGGCAGUCCAGGACAACCAUCCAGACAGUCCGCUUCAAGUGAAACAACCAAUGAAAAACUCCUUCCUGGAAAGCAGUCACCAGGUGCCUCUUCAGACACUGAGCUGAAAGGAACUCCUAGUGUGACCAAUACACCACAAUUACAGGGUACGUCUUCUGCAAGUGAGAGCACACAGACACAGCAGUCAUCUCAAACUACACAGUCUACCACACCAACAGCUACAGCCUUGGCUGUUGAUAGUACAACAACUUCUGUUAUGGAGAGUAGGACACAGUCGGUAGUAGUCAUUCCAACUGUUAACAUAGAAAUGGAGCCAGUCUAUGACCCCAGAGUCCCUGUUGACAAGGAGAAAGUGAAUCCACUUCCAGAAGUUAAAGCUCCUGAAGUAGAUCCAACAAAGGUUCCCAUUACAACACCAUCUCCACCCGUCAUCAACCUGCCACCAACAGCAGCUCCAUCACAGACACCUCCAACACAAGAAAAGCCAACAGCAGCCCCAAAGGAAGGCAGCCCCAAAGGGGACUGUGAUGCCAAGAGUGGGUCAUGCCAUUCUGGUGUAGUUAAUGGAAGGUAUUCCCAGGAUGUCAAUUACCCAUCAGAUGCUGGGUCUAACCCUACAGAGCAGGCCAAGAUCAUGCGAGAAGAGGGUGAUGGAAAUGAAACUGGCGAUGAGGGAAAGACAAAGAGCUCUGGAUUUCUGAAGAAGUUCAAGCAGUUCCAUGAAGAUUCUGCUCUAAGGAUCAUCCUCUUCUGGCAGCCUGUCAAGGGAUUCCUGAGAAAAUUCAUUGAGAUCUUUGGCUUUGAACAGGCAUUUGACGCAGUGUGUACUGACCUUGGCAGUGCACCGCCCAUUGUUAUUGCCACUACCCUGCUCAGCGGCAUGUUUGGCGCCCUUUACCUCAUCUGGUCUUGUGUGAUCAGAAGGUCUCGGCCUGAAGCAAGUGGUCCUAGCCCUCGAGAUGUGCUGAAGACAUUUGAAGCACGCAUACGGAUUCUUGAGGAAGAGAGGGAUGGCCUUGCUGCUGAUAUCAAGGACCUGCAGGCUAAGGAGAGCACAGCCCAUGUCCAGCAACACAACUUGGAGGAAGCAAACAUCAUUGCCAAAAAGAGUCUGGAGCAGCUAAUAAAGAAACAUAAAGAGCUGCAGGCGGAACAUGACAGUAGGGCGUCAGCUCUUGACAUCCUAAAGGAGGAGCUAAUGACACAAGCUCGUCAGCUAGAGCAGAAGGAUGAGGAAAUUGACCGCCAUGCAGACACUGAGGCUCGGCUUGGUGAGCUCAUUCAAGCUAAGAAGGAGGAGAUUGCUCAGCUGGGUCAUGAUAUGCUUCAAAAGGAGCAAGCACUCGCUGAGUUAAAUGAUCAAAUCACCUCCCUGAAGACUGAUGUUACCAGUCGAGAUGAGAGCAUUGAAGAGCUUUCUGCACAAGUCAAGCAGUGGAAUGAGAAGCACGAAGCCCUUCAGCGAAACCUGGACGACCAUGACCUACGCCACAGCCAGCUCCAGGAGCAGUAUGAGUUUAAGUGCAAUGAAGUUGAGGUUCUCCAAGACUGUCUUUUGCAGCUGAAGGGAACUACUGGUGUUGAUGAUGAGUCAGAUGAGCCAGCCAGUGAGGAAGCAGAGGAAAAGACCAAAGAGGAGAAAUUGAAAAGCAUGCUGGACUCAUCUAAGCUCAAGACCGAGGCAAAGAUCCUUCGUGAGGAGACAGAGCGACUGAAAGCACAGCUAGAAGAGACCAUGAACCUGAAAGAGGAACUCCAAGACAAACUUCACACUGCUGAACAUGAGCUGUUCGAGGCAAGGACAAGCGAGGAGAAGGCUAAGAUUGAACACCGCGACAAAGACAUCGAGCUCGCGGCACUCCGCAAGUACUUCAAGGACACAGAGAGUGAGCUGCACCGAAAACUCACAGCCGAGGAGUCUGCACGACUGGCGAGCGAAAACCAGCUGCAAAACCAGCUCAGCAAAGCCUCAACUGCUGUGGAUGACCUUGCUAAAUACCGCCAACAGUACGCUGAAUUAAAGAGUGAAAUCGGUAAACUUCAGGAAAGCUUUAGAUCGCAGGUCGCAGAUGUCGAGCUUCGAGCGCAUAACAACUGGAUGAAGCUCCGUGCCGCUGAGCGUGAAGUGGAGGAGUUGAGGCGACAGAACGAUGCUUAUAGGCGCAGGUUAUAUAUCUCUGAGAAGGAAAAGGAGAAGGAGAAGAACAGACCCGGCUCAUCCCUCAGUGGAAACUCCUCCGAGAGCACGGACGGAGCAGAGACACCAGCAAAAGCCGGACCUCCAGACCAUAACAGCCCUGUACCUCUCGUCCCGCCGCCUAUGAUGAAGGGUCCACCCAUACCACCAUUCCUGCCUGGAUACGGACCUAUUCCUCCGCCACGAUUUGGACCACCACCCCCUGGAAUGCUUCCUGGAAUGCCCCCUCCACCACUACCCGGAAGAUACGGACCACCGCUACCACCUCCGCCGCCAAUUAUGCGCAGACGACGAUCCACCUCACGUUCACCCGAACGCGAACAUCUAAACGGACCCGAACGAGACUACCCACCGCCCCCACGAGAUGAGCGUGACAGCCGAGGUCCACCACCUCCUCGGGAUGGACGUGACAUCCGAGGACUGCCACCUUCUCGGGAUGGGCGUGACAUCCGAGGACUACCACUCCCACGGGAUGGACGUGACAGCCGUGGACCCCCACCCCCACGCGAUGGACGCGACAGCCGAGGUACCCCCAUUAGAGAUGAGCGGGAAUCCCGUCCCAUGGAGAGAGAACCCAGAGGACCACUCCCAAGGGAUGGACGUGACAGUCGGGGACCACCCCCACGGGACAUUCGUGGUACCCCUCCCAUCAGGGAAGAUGGGUACGCUAACACCUCCCGCGGCGACCGAGGACCCGCUUCACCCCACAGCUUCCUUAGCAGCCCCCUUAACUUGAGGAAGCAGCCCUCAUCCGCCAGCACUCCCGCAGACGACAAUCUCGGCAGACAUCCACAUGCUCUUCGAAAUGGAGAAAAUUCCUACGAGGAAGGCCCGCCAUCUAUGGGGCGCUACAACACCCCGCCCCCGAUGGGUCAAUAUGGAGCACCUGCAAGACCAGCUAUGGGACCUCCUCCCAUGGGCUCAUCGCGAUACGGUCCCCCUCCACCAAUGGGACCAGCUAGACACUCACCAUCCGGCCCCUCGCCAUUAGGUGCCCCACCAUCCGUACCCCCGCCAAUGGGAGCCCCACCGUCCGGACCCCCGCCAAUGGGAGCCCCACCGUCCGGACCCCCGCCAAUGGGAACCCCACCGUCCGGACACCCGCCAAUGGGUGCUCCACCGAUGGGUCCACCUCCAUCAGGAUCGCAUUCACCCGCUCCACGAGGAAAUAUGUACAGACGCGUGCCUCACGACAGAUGACGCCCCGGAUAAUGUCUGCGACUACUAUUUUAUGCUGAAUUCUACUUAUACUUAUGUACCUCCCCUCUCAUCCUCAUCAUCCUCUCUCGUACUGGGAUGGAGCUAGGAAUCGCCUCGUCUCGUACGUUAGGCUGCCUACUGUUUGGGCCCCCCUCUCGCGAUAUUUACCGUGUUGAGAUUAACACGGGCGCCUUAGAGUACGUGACCACACGGCAUUUUCCUUUUUUUCUCCUAGCUAUAUCCCAGACGUGUUUUAUGAAAUCUAGAAUUAUUGACAAACGUUACAGGAAAAGCAGUAUUUAAAAGAAAAUUUAUGAAGAUUUGAAUAAAUUACAAUUUACAUAA